AGUUGUCCUUUCCAUUCGUUUCACAGCUGUGAAAACAACGUCUCACAACCAUGGCCGCUUCACAUCCUAACCUACUGGCUUUCAUUCCCGAUUAUGUUGAGAGAAAGGGUUCUCUUUUCUUGCGAUCUGAUCACAUGGAUUACGCCAGGCCGACACUCGUGUCUAACUGGUGAGUUUCGACUGCCGGCAGCAGCAUAAGGCCUACUACGUCUAAAGUUGCUUUGCCUGUAUCUUACUUAGUGUAUCCUCUCCAGUGUGUUUUAUGACAGACUAUAGUUGUUCUCAGUUUAUUCUAAAUACGGAAAAUAUAUGUCGAUCAGUGGUAAAAAGACAAUCACUGGAGCAGAUCGAUCAAGACGUUAGGUUAAACUUUAAGCUCAUCGUCCUUUGCAUCGGAUUUUUUUUUUCUACUCUGCACCACAGGCAGACCAUCCGAACUGUUCGAGGCAUGGUGAUGUCACGCGCGACGUGUGAUCCAUUUGUAACGCCCGCACUCGGCUUGAUUCAAGUGAUAGGUAGAAAUGCUUCAUAAAACACAGAAUUUUGUACUUUUUGAUCCCAAAUGGUGAUAUAAUGUAAGAAAAAUGAAUAAAGAUAACUUACCUAAUGGGUUCUGCACGACACGACACUAAAAACAUACGGUAAGUUAGUUUUAUUCAUUUUUCUUUCAUUAUAUCACCAUUCGGGAUCAAAGGGUGCAAAAUUCUGUGUUUUUUGAAGCAUUUCUACCAAUCACUUGAAUCAAGCUGAGGGUGGGUGUCAUGAAAUACAUUAACUGUAUAGUAUCAGAUGUCACACAUGACAUUAUGAUCCCUUGAACAGUUUGGAUGGUCCGCCUGUGUCUGCACAUUUAAAACAAAUAAGCUUACUUCAGUAACUUUCAUCAAUCCACCUCUAUGUUGCAUACAGGCAUCAAGCAAGGGAAGCAGAACCCAAAGAUUAUGACAUCAAAGACUAUCAACCUCAGAAGAGGAAUCUGCAUAAUUCUACCUAUCAUCGCAUUGGAAAUGUCACAGAUGGGGUGAGUCAGUAAUGGUUGAAACUUGCUGCUUCAGAUUUUUUAAAACGUGCUAAAUUAAUUUUAUCAUAGUGUUUGAAAAGCACAUGAUUAUCGCUCAUAGAUCAGUUUAAUUAGCACAAUCAGGUUAUUAAUUUCUCUCAGCCAUACAAGUCCAUUACAUCAUUUCUAAAUGAGUCUUAAGGAGCUUUAGUAAAAGUUUGGCAAAAAAAAGGCAACUUAGGCAAGGCAGCAACAAAUUGCUGCUCCUUUUACAGAAACCAUGUACAGUACUACAGUGAAACCUCGCUAUAACAAACCUCUAUAUAACGAAGUCCUCGGUAUAACAAAUGAUUUUUUUUACCUUAGUAAUUAUUGUAAAACAUGUAAAAAAGAACCUCUAUAUAAUGAAACCUCUUUAUAGUGAACAGAUUUUGCCAGCUAGUCCCUUCAGCCUUCGUUAUAUCGAGGUUCCACUGUAUUUCACAUCACAUGGGUGUAGAUUAUUAGCAAUAUUUAUUAACUUUACUAAUGCCCCACCCUAACGGAUAGUGAACAGGUAACCUACAUGUAUGUCCCAUAGUUGUCUGUUGGAGUGGCUUUCGGGAGAUGAUCAAGUGUGGGUGGAAUGGAAUGAUGCAUAACUUAGAUAUAUAUACACUUCUCAUUCUUUGAACAGACUAUGUAAUUCAGUUGUCAAGUCCAUUGAUAUAUAUUUUUUUGAAUCUGUGACUCCUUCAGUCUUUACCAGAUACAACAAGUCAUGAUCAAAUGGAGCAAGCAGUGAAACUAAAAAGUGAUUUUGAAACAAGAGAUACUAGACGGCAGAUGGUUGACAUCAAUACAUUUAAUAGCGUCAGCUUCGAAAGGUAAGAUAACCAAUUCCUUGUUGAGAGAUCAGAAGUUUUAAACUGAAAAACCUUUUGUAAUUUUGCAUUUUCUGUAUGCUAGCACACCCACACAACUCAUCUAUAAAAUGUACACACAGUAAUCUUCUGUAAGCUGAUCCUAAUUUCCAUAUUUUUUUAUAUCGGUAUCCAAAGAUUUAAUGCAAGUAUAUUUAUGGUUGCUGUAGCAUACAAUGAUUUGUGUUUUUGUCUUGAAUAAAUCAGAGACACUGGAGCUCCUGACAGAGGUUUUGGUAGUGUCCUCCCAAGACAUCCCCAAAAUCAUGGGAAAAGGUAUAUAUUUAUAAAAUAAAGUACUUCCAGAGCCUAAAUGGGCUUCACCUCUGGGAAGAUGAUUUAACACAAGCACCCUGGAGGUGUACUUAUGUGGUCUAUACAGGGAUGUGUCACUGGACAGGGUAUGGUUUUGACCCCUUCUGUCUUAAACAGGGUAGUUUUAAACUUUCAUGCAAGUCAGUCCUAUUGAUAAAGAGGGUAAUGCCUUUUAUAUCUACGAUUGAUUCCAAUUGCAAGCUGAAGUUUCUUUGCACUACCGGUAUACAAAAGCAGUGGCUAUAACAUGAAUUUGCUGAUCUAUUGCAAUUGCCAAUAAAUGGCUUUAAAACAGGACAGCAUCCAUUUUGUCCUUUGCCCUAAACAGGGUAAUAAAAUUGAGGUUAUUACAGUGUCAGGGUGUCCCUAACCACCCACAACUGAUAUACCCAAUUAGUAAAAUCCAACUAGUGGUCUAUUAUCAAUACUGCAUUCUGAUUGGUUGAGCUACUACUAGGCUAUAUGUUAUAUCAAAGCCUACUCCGGGACAUGCAGCUUAUUUUAUAUCGUAAAAAAGGUACAUACAUGUAGUUACAUGCAAAUGUGGGGAAGACCUCCUUGGCCCCCCCUCAGUCUAGACCCAACCCCCAACCAUAGUCAGCUAGCAGCGUCUUGUGCCUCAUUGAUACCCAUUUUUAUCCCUUUUUAUUUGAUAAAUAUACAUUGAUUUUGUUGCUGUUUUGUUUUUUUUAAUAACACAGAUACCUAGACACGACAUAUAGAGUGGACUAUGAUUCGCCGUAUCCAUACGAGCAACAGAAGGUAUACUCCGAUUAUUCAGUCAAUUCUUCGUUUAGAGCCCAACCUACCUACUUAUAUAUAUUGCAGUAAUAGAAUCCUCACCUUUAACUGAGUAAAGAGUACGGCUUAAUAUUUUAUUAAGAUUUCCUGUGAAUCGCAAGCUACUUACUAGAAGAAUUACCUAGUAUACGUCCCCGGGGGGGUACUCCCAUACAUUACCUAUACGGGUAUGUGCCGCCCAACGGGGUCGGGAUUUUGAAGCUCCUGAUUUAGAACGGGGUAUCCAUUUCAGAGACGUUUUCUAGAACGGGGUAUAAAAAAUUGUGGAUCACGGCUUUAUCUUCUCCUUAAAAUUGCUGCUGAUUAUGAAGAAUCAUUUAUUUGAUGUAUAAGUCGAACAAAUAAAGAAAUAUAUUUUUUUAAAAAAACAGGGCUAUUUCAAUUUGCAAACUUUCUAGAACGGAGUAUAAAAAAUUGGCCCAUUUCUAGAACGGGGUAUCAGUUUUAAGGCGAAUUCUAGAACGGGGUAUAAAAAAUUGGCCCAUUUCUAGAACGGGGUAUCAAUUUUAGGCGAAUUUUGUUUUAGAACGGGGUGCCAAUUUGAAGUCUCGGGCGGCACAUACCCACCCAAAAAAUACCCAAGUGCCCCCCCCCCGGGUAUACGUCGCACCCUUGAACAUGUCUUGCAACGUUUUUGUUGCCGGUAUGCGUUGCACUAAGGAGAAUCAAGUUAUGCCGUUCACAAUGAUUUGACACUGGAAUGUAAGAGUUUAUUUCUGAGGAAGUUACAUGUACCUUAGAAAAACGGUUCCUGCAGCUUGAUAGGGAGAGCGCGGCAAUAUUGCGAAACAGGUUGCAAGGAAACUUCAGAGGCUUGGUGGGAUAUGCUCCUUUUGAUGCGCUAUGUGUGGUUUCAAACCUGGAACCACAUAUCACUCCACCACAUAUCUGCCGGUCUUCACUUUCAACUUUUUGUAACCUCGAAAUGUCCAAAGCUAAGCAUAUCGGUAAGGGUUUUGUGGCGUGUACUUACAGGAUUGUAUGAUAUGGAUAACUUUUUGACGGCUAAGUUAAAGGGCGGAGGCACGAGAGUUUUCCAAAUUUAAAGAGUGAGAACUAUCACCAGUUAAAUUGAAACAUAAAAUAACCGCUCAGAGUACAGUAUUGAAAGAAGGUUUAAAUAACAGAGUAAGAUGUAUAAUACAAAAUAAGGCAUGGAUGGACAAACUCCAAGAAGCUUUAAAGGGAUUGCCCCUUAAGGAGAGAAAUGGGGUAUUUGUUUACGAGAAAGCUUUCCUUGCCUAUUGGUGAGCGAACCGCGAGGGUGCGACCCGCUCCUCGAUCUCGCAUCUCUUUCUCCGUGCCGCUCGGGGAUGAGUCCGCACACAUUUUCCCAAAUAAAGAGCUUGCUCACAGGCCAGUAAAGCAGGGUUUCUCUAUACUAUGUCCUGUUCUUUGGUCCGGUCAGGAUUGAAGCCCUCAACCUGAGACAGUAUUAGUGACUAUGAUUUAAUUUUUAUUUUAUUGCCCCACAGACCCCUCCCCCAGAGCCCGACCGAUCCCCUGCCUGGCGUAAAUGCCACUCACAGUUUACAGACGUCGAUGAUUACAGACGUCACGGAGCAAACACUUGGCAUGACGAAUCUGGAGUGUAUGCUAACUCUGCGAUACGUGGCGAAGUCUUCAAACCUACGAACCCGAUACCUGAACGGCUGGCGUAAACUGUUGUAAAUAAUAAACAUGGACAAUUUGAUUUUUUAACCACUGCUAUUUUUUCGUAAGAGGCGGAUCGAUGCUUCAUGUGAUACUAGAUUUAAGAAGUUUCGGAUUUUCUUCGUCAUCAUUCCCCGUCAACUACUGGACGUAUAAGUCGGCUUAUAAUUAAUUUCAUUUUUUUAAAUUUCCAACGUAGAUAAAUGAAUGCUAGCUAUUUCUAAGAUAAAUAAUAUUAUAAAGAAAUUCACCGUAAAGAGUUUUGUGUUAGCCUGAGAUCAUGCCCUCCCCCCAUUGUAUCUUACGGGAAGAAAGCGCC